AAGAUCGUUGAUGAGAAUGGCCUCCCGUGCUGGCCCACGUGCUACAGGGACAGAUGGCAGUGACUUCCUCCAUAGAGAGAAAGUAGCUUCACAUUAUCAGAUGAGUGUAACUCUGAAGUCUGAGAUCAAGAAGCUGAUAAUUGCUCAUUUAGUACUCUGGACACUACUCACUCUACAGGUUAUUGUCAGCCACAUGAAGUUGGUGUCACAUGAUCUGAUUGCUAUGCCAUACCAAUGGGAGUACCCAUACCUGCUGAGCAUCAUACCAUCUAUCUUUGGAUUUAUAUCCUUCCCUCGUAACAACAUAAGUUACCUGGUGCUUUCUAUGAUUAGUGCGGGCCUCUUCUCCAUUGCCCCUCUCAUUUAUGGCACCAUGGAGAUGUUCCCCAUGGCACAGCAGCUGUACCGAAAUGGAAAGGCUUACCGCUUCAUUUUUGGUUUUUCUGCUGUAGCUGUCAUGUACUUGGUUUUGGUUAUUGCAGUACAAGUGCAUGGCUGGCAGAUCUACUACAGCAAAAAAUUACUGGACUCUUGGUUUACCUCCACACAGGAAAAGAAGAAGAAAUAGUCUGGAGAAGAAAGUACAAUUUGAAAGGUUUAUGAACUAUGGUGAAUAUGAUGGGACUGUAUCAGUCCAUCAGAGAUGAUGAUACAGGGGUAAAUUGCUGGAGCUUAUCUUGAAUAGGAUGUUUUUAUUUUUAUCAUCAUACCCUGAUGCUUUUGUUUCCAAUCAAAGAAAUAUAACGAGUCUCAAACAUUUUGUGCGACUUUUUCAAUUUUUUGGUUGUUGAAUAGAUUGUUGUGGCUUUUAAGAAUAUAAUGGUAAUGUCACUCUGUAGCUAGAUAAUGCAGUAUAUUCGGGAAUGUUUCCAAAAUGAUUUGUCCAAAUCAUUUCUUUUUUUAUGGUUGUAUUUCCUCAUGAUAUAUCAAUGUGAUUUUUCAAGAGGAAAUAACAAGUGGUUUAAUUGUUGAUUUUGUAUAUUAUACUGCUGCAAGGUUGCAAUUUCCUACAUCAAUCUUCAGUGAAACUGGGUGUGUGGUACAUGGGUGGGAGUGUUACUUAGAGCAGUCAAAUGUUCUUUGAAAAUUAGGUUGCAUGUUAUAAGCAACGUGUUCAAUGCUUACAAAUUAGAUCCACUUGUUUCCUUUCAGGCAAUCAUAUGAAAUCCCCCCAUUCUUUUCAUUAUUUAAUAAAAGGCCUUGUCCUAGCAUUGAGUUAGUUUGACCAGUGCAAGAAUACAGUCUACUUAACCUUAUAUGACAGUUUCUUGUUAUGUACUUUUAAAGUUGCAUCACACAAAUCAUUUUGGAUUUGGCUUCAGCUCGCUGAACAGUCUUAAUGAUUCUUAGCUAUAGUUAUGUUUGUCUCAGUGUUCAAGUGUUGUCACACAAAUUAUGAGCAUAGUCUUAAAAUACUGAUCUGAUUUUAUUUAUAUCUCUUAAUAUUUCCUAUCUCUUCUGAAUCAGCUUCUUAAUCCUCUGUAUGCUGUUGCUUUGAUUUCUCUAUAAUGAGCUCUGGUGUAGAGUUGGACAUGAGCACACUAUUUGCAGUGAGGCACAUCUUAUGACAUUCUUUUGAGAACUGAAAAACAUCCUGCAUUCCCACACUGGUUUCAUAAAUAUCUAAUUGGUUAAAUAAAAGUAAUACCGUGUCAAAUCCAUGAGUUGACUCAAGUUGUUUACAACCCUGCUCUACAUUCAAGCACGACUUUUUGAAAGGAACUUGCUCCUUUUUAUGGGGAUGGUAAGAAAUUUGACAGUAUAAUUUAAAAUUGUGAGAAGUUUAUAAUCACUGCAGAUCAGUCAAUCCCCCCACGUUAGUCUGCAGGUGUAGUAGCUUCAUAUUUUGUGUAUAUAUAAAAAUUAAAAAAAAUAAACCAAUGAAUAAGUUAAUCUAAAUUGAGUAGUCUUUUUAUGUGCAAAAGUUAGUAGAUUGAAUUUUGUUUUGAUUUUAUUGCAUAUUUUAAUUACAAAGAAUAAAUGUUGCACAAUCAUUUUUUAUACCAGUAUGAUGUAGAAAUUUAAUCAGAAGCAUGUUAGAGGUCUAUCCAUUAUGUCUUUGUCUUUAUGAAUAAAAUAGAGUUGUCACUUUUUUUGCUUACCAAUCAUGUUAGCAAGUCAUUAAUGAAGGAGAGGGUUGCUCUGGUAAAACUGAUUGGAAGUUUGUUGUCUAUGGUUGCUUUCCCAUCCUACCUUCAUUUGUCUUCCAAAAAAAUUGGAUGCUUAGAUCUCAAGACCUGGUAACUAUCAUCUCUUGAUUUGAGGCAUUUCAAUUAGUGGUUGCCUUGCAACUAGAUCAAGCACAGUGAUGUCACUUUACAAUAAUAAUACAUUAUUCUGAGCAGUAAUUGAAUUUUGUGUCCCUUACUGUUUUUUGGCUGUGCUGUGCUGUCUUCGGAACAUUUAUUUAUUUAUAUAGACAGCAGUUAUCAAUGUUAAUGAAUUGUAUACAGGUAAUUGCUAUGAAAUUACAUUGGAAUAGUUUUAUUAUUUUGAAUUAGUCAUCUGAUGUCAACAAAAUUAGAGUGUAAAAGAUGAAAUGGGGCAUAGAUGAAUGGAAUAUGUCAGCAUGCCCAGUUACAUUGUAGGAGGGGAAAAUUAAGAAUGCGGAGCAUAAAAAGUAAAUUUAAGUAUAAUCAAAGAACGCAUGCACAUUUCAUUUGAAAUGUUUUACAAUUUGGAUUACUGAAGCCAAGAUGUCUGCAUCUUUUCACGGAAGUUGAUAAGGGACAUAGACAAAAUGCUGGAGGAAUUCAGCAGGCCAGGCAGCAUCUAUGGAAAAGAGUAUAGUUGAUGUUUCAGAGAGAGACCUUCAACAGGACUGGAGAAAACACUGGGACAUUAUUUUCCUCCAAUUCUCAUAAAGGGUCUUGGCCUGAAAUAUCAACUACACUCCUUUCCAUAGAUGCUGCCUGGCUUGAAGAGGCUUCCAGCAUUUUGUAUGUUGCUUGGAUUUCCAGCAUCUGCAGAUUUUUUUCUUCUUUGAAGUUAAUAAGCAUUUAAUUAGUAAAAACAAAAUCUCUGGCAAAGACAUGAUUGUCCAAAUGAUGACUUCUCUGCAAUACAUGAUAUUACCUCCUUGCCAAUGCUUAAAGCUAGUAUUUAGGUUUCGGAACUCCACUGUUAAAAGCUAAUACAAGUAUGGUAUUUGCCAGACAAUUGAAAACUGUGUUGCUCCGGGUUGCAGUUGUUCUGUCUUCUCUUGCAAAUCUUCUUGCUGACAGUCACCUCAUCAUGUUGGCGUUUAUCCUAUUCAAUCUAUCUAUGAUUUGGAUUUUGCCAAUGGAUUAGCCAGUGGUCUACUUUGUAUUUCCAUGCAGGAAAUUUCUUGCAUAGGAGGCUUAUCGUUCAUGUUUUUGAUACAGAUUGCAUUAGUCAUCUGGCAUUUUAAUCUAUCUUUUAUGUAAAUUACUAAGAUGAGCUGCAUAUUUAAACCAUGUUAAUAUUGUAUCUGCAUGGCUCUGGUUGUGCUUAAAGCAAUCACUUGCUAACAGAUUUUAACAUAGAAACCCUACAGCACAAUACAGGCCCUUUGGCCCUCAAAGCUGUGCUGAACAUGCCCCGACCUUAGAACUACAUAGGCUUUACCCAUAGCCCUCUAUUUUUCUAAGCUCCAUGUAGCCAUCCAGGAGAUCCUUAAAAGACCCUAUCAUUUCCGCCUCCACCACUACUGCUGGCAGCCCAUUCCAUGCACUCACCACUCUCUGCAUGAAAAAAAAGCAACAACUUACCCCUGACAUCUCCUCUGUACAAUUUUACUUAAACAUAGUUUUCCUCUGAACUCUGUGCUGUGACGUUUGAUGGUAGUCUUUGUAUAUUUGCAAUCAUCAGAAUUUGUGUGCAAAAAGGAAGUUUUUAUUAACUAUUGCAAACCAAUCCGUGCAAAAAGUUCUAAUUGGAUUUUUACCAUAUUUUUACCGUUCAAAAAUGUGUUAAUUGGAUGGAUGAAGUUGAAUGUGUAUGCAUAUAGUGGGUUCUCUGUAUUUCAUAAUUGUGAAUGCAAAUGUAUUUGGAAAGUGGUGUGGAAAUGAAAUAAGAAAUCUGGAGCCUUCAUGUUCAUAACUUAAUUUCAGAUUUUAAUGAAAAAUAAUCAUACUCAGUGAAUACACAAUUUUGAAGUCAAGAACGUAUUUAAAUUGUCAUUUUUUUUCCCUACACUAAUAGUAUUGAAGUCUAAGAUGAAUUGUCUGGUAAAGGAAUAAUUGUGGUAUAAAGCUUUCUGAAUAGCAUCUAAAAAAUCAAAUUUAGCUAGUGAGUAAUUCUUUGAAUCGAUGUUAAUCCAUGGCAAAGUUUGCAUUUAAUAUGGUCUUAUGUUUUCGCUUACUGAUAAUUCUACCUAAAGUAGUUGCAUACUUUGAAACUAUUAUUGAAAUGCUUUCAAAUCUAUUAAAAGGUACUAACAAAAUCAAAACAAGUUUUUGUGCUUAGUAGAAAUUCAGCACCUGAAGUUUCAUGGAGAAGGAUGCACAAUAUCCUGAAAGGGGAGGGUGAGCAGUCAGAAGUUGUAGAUAUUGGUACCAACAACAUGGGUAAAGAAGGGGAGGAAGUCCUGAAAACAGAAUACAGAGACUUAAGAAAAAAGUUGAGAAGCAGGACCUCAAGGGUAGUGAUCUCAGGAUUAUUGCCUGUUCCACAGGACAGGAAGGAUAGAAAUAGAAUGAGGUGGCAGAUAAACGUGUGGCUGAAGAAUUGGAGCAGGGCAAGGAUUCAGAUUCCUGGAUAAUUGGAAUCUUUUUUGGGGCAGGUGUGACCUUGAAUCUGAGAGGGACCAAUAUUCUUGCAGGCAGGUUUAUUAGAGCUGUUGAGAAUGACUUGUAUUAAUAUGGCACAGGAAUAGGAACCAAUAUGGUAAAAAUGAGGGUAAGCCAGCAGGUUUACAAGUAGAGAUGGAUGUAACCUGUAAGGAAGGACAAGCCAAUUAUUGGGUGCAAGUGUAGUUAAACUGUACAACAGAGGCAAAAUUCAAAAGGGCAAAGAAUGUACGACUGAAGGUGCUGUAUUUAAAUGUGUGUAGCAUUUGGAAUAAGGUGGAUGAACUCGUGGUACAAUUAGAUUGGUCUGUAUGAUGCAGGCAUCACUGAGUCGUGGCUGAAAGAAGGUCAUAGUUGGAGCUUAACAUCAAAGGAUAUACUUUGUCGAAAGGACAGGCGGGAAGGCAUAGGUGCUGGUGCAGCUCUGUUGGUAAGAGAUGGAAUUACAACUUUAGAAAGAGGUAGCAUAGGGUAAGAGAAUGUAGGAUCUUUGUGUAUAGUGAUAAGAAACUGCAAGGGUUUAAAAAAAACAUGGGAAUUAUAUAUGGUCCUCCAAAUAGUAGCCAAGAGACGGCAUUGAGAUUGCAAAGGGAACUGGGAAAGGCAUGUAGUAGGGUAAUGACACAAUUGUAAUGAGCACUUCAAUAUGCAAGGGAUUGGGAAAAUCAGGUUGGUGUUGGAUUGCAAGAGCAGGAGCUUGUUGAAUGCCUACAGUUUGUACUUGAGCCUACUCGGGAAAAGGCUAUGUUUUGAUUGUGUGUUGUGUAAUAACCCAGAUCUUAUUAAGGUGCUUAAUGUU